AUGGGAUUGCUGGGAGCUGUAGGAUUUUCCUUAGCUUUGGUGUCUCUCACGCAGAUACACCAGUGCAGUGCACAAGCAUGUAAAAUCUUGUCAGCAAAGCCAAUGAGCGCCUCGUCCAUUUGGAUACAAUGGGAAGGUUACCCAGACGCAACAAGCUACCUGUUAGACACCAGAAGGGUCAACUCCACAGAUACGGCGCCAAUCAUCCUCGUGUCAAGCGGACGAGUGACCGAGAGGACCGUUCAGGGUCUGAGUCCCGGGACCGACUACCUCGUGACUCUUAAAGUGGUCAAAUUUUUAUCUGUGGACUGUGUGACGUCGGUGUCGGUGACCACAGUGCCCGACACAUCACAAAUCUUAAACGGCUCGUCACCAACAAGUACUUCGAUCUCUCUAAGAUGGACAAGCGUACCAUCCGCAAAGUACUACGUCCUGCAGGUGAUCUCCCAGACGACGAGAGGCAUGCUGAACUUCAGCCUCACCGACACCUCGACCGUGGUGACGAACCUGCAGCCCACCACCAACUACGACUGCUACGUUUUCACGGCCAACCAGGCCGGCUGGGGCAGCGGAAGCAAAGUCAGGACCAUCACAACGUUGGUGCAGCCCCCAGUUGGAAUCAAAGCAACCCAAACUAACGUGGGAACGGCGAGAAUCACGUGGGAGCCGGUGCAGAACGUCCUGAUGUACCAGGUCGCCUUGCAGGACGCCGACGAGCCCGCCGCCAAGCCGUCCGUGUACAACGUCACCGACACCAAGCUGGACGUGAGCGGCAUCCUCCCGUGCACCAACUACCUGAUCUCCGUGUUCUCAUUCAGCAAGUUCCUGCUGCUGAGCGAGCCCACGAAGCACAACUACACCACCAACAAGUUGGCACCAGUGUCUUCAGUCUCGGUGGACUACUCCUGCUCCACGAACUCUGUCACGGUUUCAUGGUCGUCCGUCCAAGGAGCCGACUCCUACCUGGCCACGGCAGUGGGUGAAAACGGAACCAAGAUGGAGUGCACGGACCGCAGCACCAGCUGCAACAUCAAAGGACUCAGCUGUGGCCAGGACUACGAGGUGCACGUAAUACCGAUGUCCAACAACUGCAGGAACCGGAUCAAUGCCACAUCAGCAUCGUUCCAGACUGUACGUAACGUGGUGCGGCUACGAGGUUUAAAUUACUGCUGUGAUGUGUCUUACUUUCAAGCCCCCUGUCCUCCUGGCAACCUGACGUUGCUGCGGGAAUGCAGCAGUGACGUUAUCGUCUUCUCAUGGAAUCACACCAGCAACGUAGAUUACUACAUGGCCAUGGCAGAGGACUCAAAGGGAGAGGUCAUGAACUGCCUGACUGAAGACAACUCGUGCUACUUCACACGCACAGCGUGCGGCCGACGGUAUUCCUUCACGGUCUUCUCCAUCACAGAGGGCUGCAGGAGCGCCGUCAGCUCCCCUGUUGGCAUUCAAACAGCUCCGUGCAUUCCCCAGAACCUGCAGACCUCAGCCAGCUGCAGCAGUGACAUUCUGGUCAGCAAGUGGGACCACUCUGAGGGGGCCUUGUGGUACAUGGUUGAGGCUGAAGGCAACAUCAGGAACAGCACCUAUAACUGCAGCUCCCGGUCCAACAGCUGCGCCAUGGAGGGCGUCCUCUGCGGAGAUCAGCUGACCAUGACCAUCACGGCUCACGAUGACGACUGUUCCAGUCCAGCACAGCUGGGGCCUCCUGCUGAGACAGUCCCAUGCGUGCCCCAGGGCGUGGCGGCUGUAACGCAAUGUGGAUCCGACUCCAUCAGGGUGACGUGGAAGAUGAACAGCGGAACGCUUUUCUACAUCGCCUUCGCCAAGGGCAGCGACGGUGUGACCAGCAGCUGCAACUCCCUGGCUGCGUCCUGCGUCAUCAGCGGCCUGAAGUGCAGCAGCAACUACACCGUCUACGUCAUCGCUUCGAACUUCUACUGCAACAGCUCCGAAAGCGAGACGGUCAUCUUAAAAACAGCCGCCUGCUCCCCAGAUAGUGUCUCUACGUCCCUGGACUGCGCCUCCAACAAGGCUUUGGUUUCCUGGCAGUGGCCGUCACCAAUAAACUCCUUCACCGCCACCGUGGAGGACGAGGUUGGCGGACGUCUGAGCUGUAACUCCACCACCACCAGCUGCAAAGUUUCCAACCUGACGUGUGGCCGAAACUACAGCGUGUCCGUGUCUCACCUUGAUGCCGCCAGCUGCUCCAGCGUUCCCUCUAAGCCCAUCCAAAUGGAGUCUGUUCCCUGCGGCCCGUCCAACGUCCGCGUGAAGCUGAACUGUGCGUCCGGUGCUGCGAACAUCAGCUGGGACGCACAGAGAAAAGCAGACGGCUACGUCACUGUAAUCUCAGACGCAAACCAGACGACGAUGACUCGGCACAACACCACGCAACCCAUGCUGAGCAUUGGCUCAAAGGAAUGCGGGCAGGAGUACACGGUGAAGGUGAUGUCCUUCAGCGGGAGCUGCGUCAGCUUUCCGUCAGAGACACACUUCAAAGAGCCUCCGUGCGUGCCCACUGACGUGGUGGCGAACAGAAGCUGCGGCCAGAAGUUCGUGGAGGUGGCGUGGAGGUCGAGCCGAGGUGCCCAGAACUACACGGUGGCCGCGGUGGACGAGCAAGGCAAUCGCCUGACCUGCGUCUCUGGUCAAACCUCGUGCCGCCUGGACGGGGUGAUGUGCAGCCAGGCGUACAACGUCAGCGUGGCUGCCAUGGACGACUGGUGUACCAGCAUGAGGAGCCCACCGGUGAGACUCAUAACAGAGCCCUGCCCUCCUUCUAAACUCGCUGCCUCGGUGAACUGCACCGACAACUCCGCCGAGUUAACCUGGGACAGUAGCCUCAACGCCGCGUCCUACACCGGGAAGGCGACGAGCGCCGACGGCCACGCCGUAACCUGUGAGGCGGGACUGAAUCUCCGGUGCACGCUGAAGGGUCUGCAUUGUGGCAAGACGUACAGCUUCACCGUGUCGGCAUCAGACGGCGCCUGUCGAACUGUCGACAGCAAAUCGGUCAAUCACACAACGGCCCCAUGUGGUGUUCGGGAUGUGCUCACUGAACUCAACUGCAGCACCAACGCCCUGAGCGUAAGCUGGACCCCCGGUUCCAUCCCGGUCAACUACAGUGCCACCGCGGUGGCCGCAGGCGGCGCCGCGCUCCGCUGCUUCACGGAGGGUUACAAAUGCACGUUCAACGGCUUGCAGUGCGGCCUUCCCUACGCCGUGAGCGUGAAACCCAUCAGCAGCACGUGCGAAGGCCAGAGCAGCGUCCCGGAGGUCGUGAACUCAGUUCCAUGUGUCCCAUCAAACAUCCAAGGUGAUGUCGAAUGCUCCACCAACACGCUGCGAGCAUCCUGGGCCGCAGCUGCCGGAGCCACGUCCUACGUCUCCACGCUGCAGGGAGCGGCGGGUUUCUCCGCUUCCUGUCAAACGGCCAACCGAAGCUGCUCCUUCCCUAAACUGCAGUGCGCUCAGACGUAUAAUUUCAGCGUGGUGGCCGUCAACGACAGAUGCAACAGCACGAAAAGCAACAUCCUCACCGCAAAAACUGCUCCAUGUGACCCUACCAACAUCACCGCUUCCCUAAGCUGCCUCUCUGACGUGGUGACGGUGUCGUGGAGCGCCAGCGCCGGAGCGAAUCGUUACGCGGUUGUGGCUGAGGCCAGCGGACUCGUGGACUCCUGCAACUCGACCGGUACCGCCUGUAAUCUGACCGGGCUGCAGUGUGGCGAGAACUACACGGUUAUGGUGCUGGCGGGGGACUCCAAGUGCAACAGCUCCAUCCUGGCCAAAACCAACGUUAUUACAGCUCCCUGCGCCCCAGUGAUCAAGAACGACUCUCGUUCCUGCGUCACCAACCGCACCGUGGUCGCGUGGGUGGAGGACCGGGAUGCCGUCAGCGUGACGGUCAACGCCACCUCCGACCGGGGACACUCGCUGUCCUGCAGCUCGGCCGCCAACAGCAGCUGUGUCCUGGACAACCUGCGAUGCGGACACACCUACACGGCCCGGGCCGUAGCCACAGGAGUCCAGUGCAAGAGCAAACCCAGCCCUGCUUUUCAGAUUGUCACAGCGCCGUGCACUCCUGCCAACGUGGAGAACCGGUACGACUGCGGGACGGGCAUCGCCGUCCUGAGCUGGGACGAGGCUUUGGGCAGGGACAGCUUCUACGUUCGGGUCCGCUCCGGGAACCAGACGGUCUUCUGGACCACGAGCCAAGGCACCGACUUCUCGCUGCCUCCGCUGCAGUGCAGCCGCAGCUACGACGUGGAAGUCGUGGCCGUGGCUGGCACCUGCAACAGCAGCGUGCCAGGGGUCACGCAGAUACAGACCGCUCCGUGCGCUCCCACCAAUCUCAGCGCGUCCCUGUUGUGUGAAAACAACACGGCGGAGGUGAGCUGGCAGCACACCUCUGGGGCCGUGCAGUACACCGUGACGGCGGCGGGAAGAAACGGCGACCGCAAGCAGUGCACCACGAACACCUCAAGUUGCCAGCUACCCAACAUGCAAUGCGCCCAGACCUACAUGAUCGUCGUCAGCCCCUACUCCAACCGGUGCAAGGGCCAAGACACCGCCGCGUACACCUUUCAUGCAGGCCCCUGCCCUCCCACCAACAUCAGAGCGUCUUUGCAGUGUGCCGGCAACGCGGGCCAUGUGACCUGGGACGCCGCACUGCGGGCGGAGACGUACGAGGUCGCCACGCUGCCUUCUGCCAUGGAUCAACACGUCCACAGCUGCUCCACCAACGGAACGAACUGUUCGCUCACAGGCCUGCACUGCGGCGAGACGGUCGCCAUCACUGUGGUCACCAUGGAGAGAGGCUGCAGGAGCAAGCCCAGCGACCCGCUCAUGUUCAAAACAGUGAUCUGCGCCCCCACUGGCGUGACCGCGGUGACAACCUGCAGCAACAGCGACAUCACCGUAAGCUGGAACCUGAGUCCGGAGACCGGCGCCCAGUACUUCAUCCACUCCCAAAAAGAGGGCGGGGCGGCCGCCAACUUGACAACGCCGCAGCCGUUUCACGUGGUCAGCGGCCUGCGCUGCGGCGAGCUGUACACGUUUAAGGUCGCCGCUGUGAACGCUCAGUGCAGCAGCGUCUUCAGCGAGGAGAUCCAAGCUGAAACAGCUCCUUGCCCUCCGACCAACCUGACGGUCAGAACCGAAUGCGGCACCAAUCUGGCGACUCUGACCUGGGCUCCCAGCAGGUACGCCGUCUCCUACGCCGCCACCUUCACCGGCACCCACGGCCACGUGGCUUCCUGCUUCGCCAACACCACCAGCUGCGCCGUGAAGGUGGACUGUGGACGCCAGUACUCGGCAGUCGUGGUCGCCUCCACUGACACCUGCAACGGCACCAGAUCGGCUGCUUUAACCUUCGACGCAGCUCCAUGUCUGCCCGACCGGGUGGAAGCGGAGCUCAACUGCACUGCCAACUCUUUUGCGGUGCGGUGGAGAGGAACCCUGGGUGAUUUUGGCAUGUACACGGCCAUAGCCAUCGGCAGUGACAGCUCACGCGCGAGCUGCGACUCCGCCGGCACUCAGUGCACCAUCGGCAGCCUGAAAUGUGGCGUCCUCUACAGCAUCGUUGUCACCACAGCCUCCAUCGACUGUGGGACCAUUGACGGCUCGGACUACCAGAUGUACUCAGCUCCCUGCAAGCCAGACAACGUGUCGGUGAACCUGCAGUGCAGCACCGGCGUGGCGCUGGUCACCUGGGAGAACUCGGGCCCGGAUCAGCAUCAGGUGGUGACCGCCGUGGACGGCAGAGGACAGGCCGCCGUCUGCAACGCCAGCAGCUCCAACUGCACCCUGGACCAGCUGGAAUGCGGGAAGAAGUACGCCGUGAGCGUCGUCGGCCACACCAACUCCUGCAGCAGCGAGCCCGCCCUCGCCAAAGAACUCAGCACAGCUCCGUGCAUCCCCACCCACCUCAAAGCCACGGUGGACUGUGACAGCGGGAUCACCACCGUGUUGUGGGACGAAGCUCUCGGCGCCGCGUCGUACGCCGUCUACGCCCGCGGAAGCCUGGGCGACGACGUCGAGGGAACCAGCCAAAGCACCAACUAUAACUUCUUUAACCUGCCGUGUGGGCAGGACUACAACAUUACAGUGGUGGCUCAACACGACGCCUGCGUCAGCGCGGCGAGUGAAACCAUCACGGUCAGCUCGGGUCCGUGUCCCCACAGCGGUCUGCAGACCUCGCUGCAGUGCGACACCAACACGGUGCAGGUGUCCUGGACUCCUGGAAGGGGCAUCCUGAGCUACAACGCCUUGGCCGAUCCCUUCAGCAACGCAGCAGAGCAGAGCUGCUCCACCAACGGCUCCUCCUGCAACGUCACCUCGCUGCGCUGCGGGGAGACUUACAGGGUCAGCGUCAGUGGACAGGGACAGACCUGCCCCAGUCCUUCCCAGAACUGGAACAGGAUAAAUGCAGCUCCAUGUCCUCCCACCCAGCUCAGGGUCAACUCUUCCUGCACGUCGAACAACAUCUCGGUGUCAUGGCAGGCCUCGCAGGGCUCGGUGUCCUACAUGGCCGCGGCAGAAAACGCCGACGGUCGCCAGUGGUCGUGCAACACGAGCGGCACCGCCUGCCAAAUACCCGGACUGCUGUGUGGACAGGAGUACAAGGUCUACGUCGUUGGUAUCGACCUGGCCUGCUUCGGCGCCAAGAGUGAAGUGGAGACAAUUCGUACUGCUCCGUGCGUUCCAAGAAACAUCCAGAAACAUCUGGACUGUCCCUCUGGAGUCCUCAACGUGACCUGGGAAUCCACGGGCAACUUCACACGGUUCCGGGCUUCUGUAGAGAACGGGCGGGGCCACGUCAGCGUCUGCCGGACGGAAAAGCAUUACUGCGUGGUGCGCAACAUGGAGUGCGGGACGACGUACAAUGUGACCGUUACAGCCCAGGACGAGGCGUGCAACAGCUCCCUCAGCCCCAUAAAGCAAGUUAGAACAGCUCCCUGUCCGCUGUCGUCCUUCCAUCCUCGCGUGAACUGCAGCAGCGGCGUCGUGUCGGUCGCCUGGAACAGCAGCGUGCCGGGGGUCGUGUACACCGUCUCCGCCGUCGACGCAGCGGGCCGCGCACACAACUGCAGCGGCACGAGCAGCGGCUGCAGCCUGAACACGCUGGAGUGCGGGACGGAGUACAACGUCACCGUCAGACCGUCCGCGGACGCGUGCGUGGGCCGGGACGGCGCCACCAUAACCAUCAGAACAGUUCCCUGCGUGCCUCGGCUGUCAGACGUGGAGAUCGACUGUCUGACAAACUCGGCGUGGGUGACGUUUGACGUGUCCGCCGGGGCUGAGGGAUACAUCAUCGUCACGGCGGACAGCCGGGGCGCCGUGCAGACAUUCGAGUGCAACUCCACAUCCGACGGGAUGUGCGCUCUGCCGGCCCUGGCCUGCAGCCAGAAUCUCACCUUUACCUUGAUGGCCCAGAACGAACAGUGCAUCAGCGCGGCCAGCAAUGCCGUCGCCACCGAAACGGCGCCGUGUCCUCCUCAGGGUAUAAUGGAGACCGUAAACUGCGACAACGGCACCCUCUCGAUCAACUGGUCAGCCGUUUCCGGUGCAGUAACGUACACGGCCACACUGGAAGAGCUCAGCGGUGCCAAACCCAGCUGCUGCACCACAUCCGCCACCGGCUGUGACAUCAGAGACCUGCCGUGUGGAGAGAUGUACAUCCUGCACGUAACGGCGGAGGGACGCACCUGCAACAGCUCGGAGAGCGACGGGGUCAUCACAAGGACAGUGGCAUGCGUGCCAGAGAACCUCAAGGCCAACCUGAUCUGCAGCAGCAACGUGGCCUCCAUGUCGUGGGGCUACAGCCGCGGCGGACAGCUCUACACGGUGAGAGCGGUCGGCGCCAGCGGCCACGUGUCCGAGUGCAGGUCGCCCGACAACCGGUGCGAGCUGACGGACCUGCGGUGCGGAGAGAAUUACACGGCUGCCGUGACGGGCGAGGACAUGCGCUGCAGGAGCAAACCCAGCGACACCGUGAAGAUCAAGACUGUGCCGUGCACGCCCCAGAAUACGUCGGCCGUGAUGGACUGUGGGGCCAACUCCCUCGUCGUCUCCUGGUCUGAGAGCGCCGGGGCCGACUCCUACGUCGCCACGCUGCAGGACAGCUACGGCCGGAGCACCAGCUGCCAGGGAACCACCGAGGGCUCGUGCAACGUGACAGGGGUCGGCUGCGGCCAGGUCUACCACGUCUCCGUGGUCUCCUCCGAUGGAUACUGCAGCAGCCCGGCCACGGGUGUCCUCGACACGCCUUCAGUGCCGUGUAAGCCAAGGAACAUCAAGGCAGUGAUGGACUGCUACACAAAGACAGCCCGGGUAUCCUGGUACCCGAGCGACGGCGCUUUGUCCUACGCGGCGGUGGCCUCCACUGCGUCGGAUCAUAACGUCACCUGUGAGACCAACGCGACCUCCUGUGAGCUGGAAGGGCUGCGCUGCGGUCAGAGCUACGCUGUGUCUGUGAAAGCCGUGGGAGAGAGCUGCAGCAGCGGCGCCGACAUGACCGGAGAGCUGGUCACCGAACCCUGCGUUCCCGAACAAAUCACCCCUCUGUACAGCUUGUCCAUCGGUCAGGUCCAGUGGGACAAGGCUGCUGGCGCCGACAACUACACCGUCAGAGGGGAAACGGAGCAGGGCCUCACCGUCUCCUGCACCACCCGCGACAACUACUGCACUUUAUACAAUAUGGGCUGUGGGCAGGAGUACAACAUCACCGUCACAGCGCACAACCGAGUGUGCGAAGACGUGUCCAUCUCCACCGAACAAGCUGCUAUUAUGACCGAGCCUUGCCCGCCUAACAACGUGGAGACCCAUGUGAACUGUCAGGAGAACCUGGGAACUGUGUCGUGGGAGACCAGCUGGGGCUCUGUGGGCUACGAGGUGCAGCUCGCCGGGCGCGACGGCCACUCGCUCACCUGCCACACGAACACCACUUUCUGCAACGUGAAAGGCCUGCACUGCGGCGUCGUCUACUACACCAGCGUCAUCGCCGUCGGAGAGAUCCUCAACAGCAGCAGGUCCAACACGGUGUUGCUGACCGCAGCUCCCUGCACAGCCGCCAACGUGGUCGCCAGCUCUGACUGCGACAACAACACAGCGGCAGUCUCGUGGAGCUACGGCGUGGGGGCCAGCUCCUACACGGUCACUGCCGUAUCGACGGAUGGCUACCAGGCUUCCUGCGAGACCAGCGAGCUCCGGUGCGUGCUGUCGGAGCUGAACUGUGGUCAGACGUACAACAUCUCCCUCACAACCAUCAGCGACCAAUGUCAGAUUGAGACGAGCACCGGCGUUUCCUUCAGCACGCGUCCCUGUAAGCCGCUCCGCGUUGGCGUGGACCUCCAGUGUGGGACGAGCGAAGCCAACAUGUUCUGGGACGGAGACGAAGCCGCGGAGCUUUUCGUGGCCACGGCCACCAGCAGCGUGGGAACGACCUUGCAGUGUAACUCCACCAACUCCACCUGCCGGUUCCCUGGCUUGGAUUGUGGAGAGAAAUAUGUGUUUUCUGUCGUCGCAUUCAGUCACAUGUGCUACAGCGAAAACAGCAGCUCUGUGGAGAUCCAGACAGAGCCAUGCCAGCCAACCGGCUUGUCAGUCAACGGAUCAUGCCACAGUGAGAUGGUGACGUUGGACUGGAACGAGGCUCAGGGAGCAGAGCAGUACUUGGUGACCGCCGCCGGAGAUCUGGGCUACAUUUCAACUUUCCAAACCAACGAGACGAAUAUCGAAGCCGACCUGCCCUGCGGACAGAUGUUCACCUUCACCGUAACGGGACAAGACGAUCGAUGCCAGAGUGCCGUAAGCCAGCCCAAAAAAUACAAAACAGGUCCCUGCAUCCCGGAGCACCUGCAGAGCUACACGCGCUGCGAGGACAGCCUCGGCUCCGUCAGCUGGACCACGUACGCCAACGCAGAGUCGUACUUGGCCGUAGCGGUGGGAGGGGACGGCCACAUCCACGAGUGCACCACCAACACCACCGGCUGCACGUGGAACGACCUGCACUGCGGCGAAAUCUACACCGUUAACGUCAUCGCAAUCGACUACCAUUGCAGCAGCAUGCCGAGCAACAGCGCCACAAUUCGCAUGGCGCCAUGCAUACCUGGAGGGUUGACCUCAUCUAUCAACUGCUCUACGAAGGUCGGAUCACUGGCCUGGAACGCCAGCGAGACCGCUGAGUAUUACAUUGUGACCGCAGAGACAAACAGCGGCCACAAAGUGCAGCUGAGCACCAACGACACAUGGACCUUCAUCUCCGAGUUCAUGUGCGGCCAGGAGUACUUCCUGUCUGUUCAGGCAGCCGACUCUGUGUGCACCAGCCGUCCCAGCCAGCCUUCAACGCUCUUUUCAGAGCCCUGCCCGCCCACUCAGGUGCACAGCGUCCUGAACUGCUUAUCAAACAUCGCUCUGCUGUCGUGGACCGGCUCGGCGGGCGCGGAGUACUACACCGCCACAGUAACGGCAGACGACGGCCAAGCCAUGAACUGUGCCUCUGACAAGGAGCAGUGCGCCAUUCCCAACAUCCCGUGUGGAAAGAACAACUUGGUGACCGUCGUCGCUUCCAACGGGAUCUGCGAUUCGGCCCCCAGUCAAGCAGACAUUCUGCAGUCUGUUCCAUGUGUUCCCACUGAUGUGAGAGCGACAGUCGACUGCACCAAAAACGAGGCUGUUGCAUCCUGGAGCGUCAGCGACGGCGCUCUGUUGUACAAAGUGAUGGCGGUGAGCACGCAGGGCGCCCAGUCCUGGUGUGAAACGCAACACACAAACUGCACCUUGACCAACCUGACCUGUGGACACCAGUACCAUGUCCAGGUGGUAGCCGAGGACAACAUCUGCUCGAGCUUGCUAAGCCCAGCGGUUAAGUUUGAAUCAGUUCCCUGCACACCCAACGUCGGCUCGGUGGUUUUGGACUGCUACACCAACUCGGCCCUCCUGGACUGGGUGUAUUCUGAGGGCGCCCUGAACUACACGUCCACAGCCCGGUCCUCCAGUGGCCACGUUUCCACCUGCACCACCAACCACACCAACUGCGAACUGGAGAACCUGCAGUGUGGCCAAACCUACGAUGUGGUCACUGUAGCUUCAAACGAUCAAUGCAGCAGUCCGCCUAGCACCGCGCAGCAGCUGGAAUCAGUGCCUUGUCCUCCCGAAGACGUCGUGACGGUUCUGGACUGCGACAGCAACACGGCUCAGGUGGAGUGGCAGGCCAGCGGCGGCGCCGACUCCUACGUCGUUCAAGCGUUCGGCGUGGAGGCGCACGAAACCAACUGCUCGACGGACUCGCAGUCCUGCGUCCUGGCCGACCUGCUGUGCGGCUUCACCUACAACGUCAGCGUGAUCGCCAUCAACAGCGUGUGCAACGUAUCGCAGAGCAGCGUGCAUCACCUGCAAGCAGUGCCCUGUGUACCUGAUCUAGUGGAAGCCCGGGUGGUCUGUGAGUCUGGCGGGGUCAUGGUCUCCUGGGAGCAGAGCAAAGGGGCCCUAUCCUACACCACGGUGGCACAGGGCCACGGCGGGCACGCCUCCGUGUGCAACAGCACCACAACCAGCUGCCUGCUGGAUGACGUCCGGUGCGGCCUGAACUACUCGGUCACAGUCACCGCGUCAGACGACACGUGCAGCAGUGCUGAAAGCUUCGCUGUGGAGAUUGACACAGUGCCAUGUGUGCCACAGAGCGUCACGGCAGAGAUGGCGUGCGGCAACAACACAGGCGUGGUGUCGUGGGAAGAGCAUGAAGGAGUGUCUUUGUACCGCGUGCAAGCCUUUGGACCCGACGGUCACAAAGUGUACUGCAGCAGCAGCGAAACCAGCUGUGAGCUGCCCGACAUGCAUUGUGGCCAGCUCUACAACGUGACGGUGACCGCUCAGGACGGACGCUGUGACAACAGCGACGCCUACCUCAACCUAAAGUCUGUGCCUUGCAAGCCCACCAACGUCGGCGCUUCCCUCCGCUGCCACACAAACUCUGCUGCGGUGACAUGGGAGCGGGCCAGCGGGGCGAUCUCUUACGUAGCAGUGGGAGUUGCUGCAGAUGGGAGUCACCGGGCCGAGUGCAACAACACGAUGACCUACUGCGACCUGGAGGACCUGCAGUGUGGACAGACCUACAGGGUCAGCGUGUUCAGCCAGGACGAGUCCUGCUCCAGCGUGGAGAGCAACAAGACUGACGUGAAGACAGCCCCGUGUCCGCCUCAGAACGUGGCUGUGGACGCACAAUGUGCCAAAGGGGCCAUGGUCGUCUCCUGGGCUCCCAACCCCGACGCCCAGUACUUCCACGUGGCGGUAGUGAGCAACACCGGCGCGAGACUCUACUGCAACUCCAGCGGCAACGCUUGCACCCUGAACAACCUGCCUUGCGGGCAGCACUACAACGUCACGGUCCUGUCUGUCAGAGGCUCCUGUGAGAGCAAACCAAGCGCCGUGGUGGCAACUUGCUCAGCUCCGUGUGUUCCUACGAAGCCCGACGGCCACCUGGACUGCGUGUCAAACUCCGCCUGGGUGACCUGGACCCCCUCAGCGGGGGCAACCAGCUACUUCGUGCUGGGCAAGGCAGAAAGUGGUCACAACUCCAGCUGCACUUCCUCCUCCUCCCCCUGUGAGGUGGAAGACCUGAAAUGCGGGACCCUCUACACCUUCCAUGUCACGGCGAUCAACCAGCACUGCAGCAGCAAUCACAGCACCACCUUCGAGAUUGAGACAGGUCCUUGCGCUCUGGAGGCCAUCAGUGCAACAACUAAAUGCAACAGCGACACCAUCCUGGUCGAGUGGAAGCAGAUGCCGAACUCGCCCCUCUACCUGGUCACGGCGGAGGCCACCGAUAAAACCGUCCUCUCCUGCAACAGCUCAUCCAACUGGUGCGUCCUCCAGGAUGUCCGCUGCGGCCUGCAGUACAGCGUCAUAGUGUCAGCUUCCUCUGACAAGUGCAGCAGCCUGAGAAGUCCCCCAGCCAAGAUCAAAACAGCCCCCUGCGUCCCGAGCAACGUGACGGUGGUGCCGCAGUGCGAGGACAAGGGAGCCGCGGUUUCGUGGGCGAAAUCGCCCGUGGCCACAUCCUACCAGCUGACGGCCACGGGACGAGACGGACACGUGGCGAGCUGCAGCAGCCCGGAGAACAACUGCUCGCUGGCCGGCCUCCACUGCGGGCAGGAGUACGGCCUGAGCAUCACGGCCGUGGGAGACAACUGUACCAGCUACCCCGGCAACUCGUCCUUCAGAACAGUGCCUUGCCCACCUUCCAACCUCACUGUGGACGUCGACUGCCAGACCAACUUCGCCAAGCUGUCUUGGGAUCCCGCCGUGGGUGCGGUUGAGUAUUUUGGCCGCGCGGCGUCUGUGCACGGUGAAGCGCUGUACUGCGACAGCGGCAACGCUUCGUGCACGCUUAAAACCCUGCAGUGUGGCCACAUCUACAACUUCACCGUUAAAGCCUCUGAUGGCGUCUGCAACAGCUCUGUCAGCUCCCCUCUGCACGAAGGAGCAGCCCCAUGCCCUCCGUCUCGUCUGAGUGUCCGCAUGCAGAGGAUAAAACAAAUGUUCUGGGCCAGGAUAUCAUGGGACAAAGUCAACUGUUCGGACGUCGAGUAUUUGGCCGACAUUAAAGGCCAGAUUGGAAACGACCCGCAGACCCUAAUGAAAGUCUCCUCUUACUGGCUGCAGAGGCCUUACUUCGAGCUGCCAGUGCCUUGUAGCACAGCUUUUACUGUGACCGUGUUCUCAAGAAACUCGGGCGGAGUGAGCAAGCCCUCCAGAAUCCUCUCUGGGAUGACAGCGCCCUGUGCUCCACAGAGGGUGAUAUACAGCGGCAACCAAACGUCCGCCCUGUUGUCCUGGGAUGCUUCGGUGUUUGCGACGACCUACACGGUCUACAACGUAUCAGGGGACGGGCGCGUGAAGCUCUGCAACACCACGGGGCUGUCCUGCCAGUUGUCCAACUUCAGUCCCGCUUCCACCGAAGUCACAGCCAGCAACGCUGUAGGGGAAGGCAACCCGAGCCGAAACAUCACAGGUCCAGUGAGUUCCCGCAGAAGACGAGAUCUGCAACUCACUCAACUUUCCGCCUAUGAGGGAGAAACUCUCGAAACCCCAGAGGUGUUGGCAGUAACAGUAAGCGGAGGUUCCUUGUAUGUGAAGUGGAGGAUGGUGAACGGCGCAACCGAAUACGAGCUCAUCAUUGAGGAGGAGCAGAAAGCGGGACAGACGGCUCAGCUGCAGAGAGUGAGAAAUGCAGUGGGGGAUUUUUACACAGAGACUGACCUCAAACCCAUGACCACCUACUGCGUCAGAGUGGCAGCAAAAGACGGCCUGAACAAAAGCAGCUACUCCUGGCCAACGUGCAAGAAGAGCGGCGCUUUUUCAUAAAGAAACAACACACUGAUAAGCCCUGGAUGAAAGAUUUUUAUCUGGCUUAAAAAUGUCUUUUCCACUAAGUAGCAUCCAUCAGAUUUUUUUUUUUUUUGGUUUGUUCUAAAAGAACUUUAGGAUAAUAACCCAAAGAAAAUUGCAUUAAUAUGGCCAUUUUAUUCUGUAAGGUACAUUUUCACUGUCUCAGAGAAAUAAUCAAAACUGAAGAACGAAACAUUUAGCCAUUCAUAGCUGUCUAAAAGUAUUGCUGAAGUCAUAUUUAUCAAAUUGUUAUAUUUUUAAGAUAGGUCGUUAGACUCUUUGGAUGAUUGUUAAAACCUAAAAGAAAUUCAGUAAACGGAUAAUUUAUCAAGAAAUACCUUUAAAACCAUUCUGUAUAUUUUCUUGGGGAUGAACUCUGACUUCUGUUUGUGAAUUACAGGUUUUUCUAACUGUUUGGAUGAUGAUGAAAUAAAAAGAAAUCUAUGACUUACUGAAACAUA